UUAAAAUCUUUUAACAAAAUGGGGUGGUUUUCAAGCAAGAAAAAGGAAGAACAUUCAGGCUUCAUGGACGAUAUGUCUGAAGAACAGCAACAAACACUUGAGGAAUUUAAGAAAGUCAUUGCUGAGGAAUCCCUCACUGAGGAUCCGAGGUAUGAUGACUACUAUCUUCUCAGAUUUUUGAGGGCUAGAAAGUUUGAUAUUGAAAAAACCAUGGAGAUGUUCAAAAAGUUCUUAGAGUGGAGAGUCGAGCAUAGAGCAGAUGAAGCCAUGGUUAUUUAUAAGUGCCCCAAUAUUUCUAAAGCUAAAGAGAUCUACCCACAUGGGUAUCAUGGUACUGAUCUUGAAGGAAGACCUUUCUAUAUCGACCAACCCUGCAACUUCCACCUAGAUGAUUUACUCGAAAUUAUUAGCAAAGAAGAGCUAUAUGUUUAUUAUGUGAGAGAAUAUGAAAAAUUACUCCAUAUCAGAUUCCCAGCCUGCUCAGCUGCAGCUGGCAAGAAGAUUGAGCAAUCUUUUUCAUUGCUCAACCUUAAAGGAUUCUCAAUGGGAAAGCUUAAAGAGAAAUCCAGAAACUUUAUCAAACUUGCUAUUGACAUUGGAUCUGAUAACUACCCUGAGAUUAUGUAUAAAACAUUUAUUGUAAAUACAUCCUUUGUGUUUAAAGGAGCAUGGGCUAUAAUCAGCCCAUUUUUAGAUGCAAAGACAAAGAAAAAGAUUUCUAUUCAUGGCUCCUCAUUCCAGAAAGAGCUCUUCAAGUAUGUAGACCCUGCAACUGUUCCAGAAAGUCUUGGAGGAGAAUGGACACCCUCAGAAGGAGGCGAAGAAUGGUUUUCAGCUGAUAUGGGACCUUGGAACGAAUAUCCAGGAGAUGAAUUUGGAGAAGCUGCUAAGCAAGCUCUUCUUGAAGAAGAAAAGAAUGAAAUUUCAGCAUCAGAAGCCACAGAUAGUACUCUGGCCACUAGCAGCAAGGUUCAAGAGCUCACCGAAGAUAUGGGAAAACUAGAUGUAGAUCCGGCAGCUCCAAUUUCAUCAGCAAUUCCCCCACCAGAUAAUUCAUAAUUUCUACAUUAAGAUAUCUUGGUGUCAUCUUU